UCCUUAAUCCGUGCUUCCGGCGUUAUGGCCGCUUGCAGAGAAGGGUAGCAGUGAAUUUGAGUGGUUGUGUUUUUUGGAAAUGAGCGCAUGUGUGUUUAGGCAGGUGUGUUUGGGAUGGCGGUGACACAGCUGCUCCGGCUGGUUGUCUGUCGGUCGACGGCUCGCGCGACAAUCCGCGUGCACAGGAGGUACAGCAAGGUGUCCUCUGCUUUAUCAGAGCAACUGCGAGUCUUUGAGUCUCUCAGAGAGAAACAAAGCAACAAGAAGAGAUUUGAAGCUACAGAGAAGAAGCCUCUCAGUAUCCGACUGGCUGAUGGCCGAACAGUAAAGGGAACAGCUGGUGUCACCACACCUGUUUCUGUUGCUCAGAGUGUCCGUGUGAAGGGAGCGUUGGUUGGUAAGGUGAACGGGGAGCUGUGGGAGCUCGGACGGCCUCUAGAGGCAGACUGUGAACUACAACUUCUUGGGUUUGAUACACUUGAGGGAAGACAGGUAGCAUGGAGGACAGGAGCGUGUGUCCUGGGCGGGGUAUUGGAAGGCGUGUUUGGUGCCGAGGUGUGCAGAGAAGGAGCGUCGGAGCUCGGGCUUUACUGUGACCAUCUGCUGGAGAACAGCGGCCUGUCUCUGAGCGAUGUGGAGGAGAGAUGUAAAGCAGCUGCAGCCCUCAAACUUCCUCUGUCCAGACUUGAUCUCAAUGCAGAAGAGAUCCAAGAGCUCUUCCAGAACAGUAAGCUGAGACUGCAGCUUUUGGAAGAGCAGAUGAAUGGCCCCACCGUCUCAGUAUACAGGUGUGGAGACAGCAUAGCAGUUUGUAAUGGUCCCCUCCUCCCACACACAGGCCUCCUCAAGGUCUUCAAGAUGCUCCAGCUGUCCACCGUGACCCUGGUCAAUCACACAGAGUCCGCAAGUUUGAUGCGUCUGUUAGGUGUGGCCUUUCCAGGAGAGAAGGAUAAAGAGGAAUGGGAGAAGGAGCAAGAGGAGGCACGGCGGAGGGACCACAGACGCAUCGGGACGGACCAGGAGCUGUUCUUCUUCAAUGACGUCAGUCCAGGCAGUUGCUUCUUCCUCCCUAAAGGAGCCCACAUCUACAACACCCUCACUGACUUUAUUAAGAGUGAAUACCGAAGGCGAGGCUUCACCGAGGUUGUGACCCCGACUCUGUACAGCACUGCAUUAUGGGAGCGUUCGGGCCACUGGGAACACUACAGCGAGAACAUGUUUACAGUGACAUCAGAGGGCUCUCAGACCUACGCACUCAAACCCAUGAACUGCCCCGCACACUGCCUCAUGUUUGAGCAGCGUGUACGUUCAUGGCGGGAGCUUCCUCUGCGAUGGGCCGACUUUGGAGCGCUGCAUCGUAAUGAACUCUCUGGUGCUCUGGGAGGUCUCACUCGUGUUCGCAGGUUCUGCCAAGAUGAUGCUCACAUCUUCUGCACACCUGAACAGCUGGAAGAAGAGAUUGUUGCUUGUUUGGACUUUGUGAGGAGUGUUUAUCAAGUGUUUGGAUUUUCCUUCCACUGCCUCCUGUCUACACGUCCUACUCCGUGCCUCGGAGAGCCUGAACAGUGGGACAAUGCUGAACAGCGGUUGGAGAGGAGUCUGCAGCAGUUUGGUGAGCGGUGGGAGUUGAACCCAGGAGACGGAGCCUUCUACGGACCAAAGGUCGACAUCCAGAUCAAAGAUGCCAUUGGCAGACAACACCAGUGUGCCACAAUCCAGUUGGACUUCCAGCUGCCAAUCAGAUUUGAUCUCCAGUAUGUUGGACAAGAUGGGCAGUUACACAGACCGGUGAUGAUCCACAGAGCAGUGCUGGGAUCACUGGAGAGAAUGUUCGCUAUACUGGCUGAAAAUUUUGGAGGGAAAUGGCCACUGUGGUUGUCUCCGGCGCAGGUCAUGGUUAUUCCUGUGGGUGGCAACAGUGAGUCAUACGCCAAGCAGGUGGUCCGGCAGUUCCGUGAAGCUGGCUUCAUGGUUGAUUUGAAUGAAGAUCAGGGAGCGACCUUAAAUAAGAAGAUUCGUUCUGCUCAGCUGGCCCAGUACAACUACAUAUUUGUUGUAGGAGAUAAGGAGAGUGAGAGUGGAACGGUGAAUGUGCGGAGCAGAGGGGGGAAACAGCUGGGGAGGAGGCCGACAGAGGAGGUGCUGACGUCUCUCACACAGCUACGAGACACCAGGAGCAACCAAGACGAGUUUUGACAAAAAGUCGUGGAAAUAAUGAGUCACUGAUGUAAAAGUUGUUUGUUUUAUGUUUCAAGCAGUACUUUAGCUCUGUCUGAAGAGGUGGCUGCUAAAAUUUUUAAUAAAAGUACAUAUAUAAAAAAA